UAUUUGCUGUAACUGUCCGUCUCUCCUUCUCUGUAUCUUUUGUGUAGUUUGUAAAUAUGCUGCAUCUCUAAAAUUGUCUAACAGGUUUUUGGCCACAGCUUGGUUUUAAUUAGCCUACGGAUUUGAGUCGUUCAAUUCUGAAAGUAGUCCGAACAGGAAGUUAUCUGCCUCCUUAAUUCAGUUUAAAGGACUGACGCCGUACUGUCGAACCACUCAUGUUUACUUCUAUAUCGAUAUAAUUAUCGGUGCGAGCUUUUAGCCCAUCUAGAUGGUAUUCAUACUAGUGCAAUUGCGUAGCACUUGCUGUUAACUGAUAGCCCACUUGGAAAGAAGUAGUUAUAGUUUCGAAGCUAAGCGAGCUAACAAAAAAGGUUUACAAUGACAGUGCUGAAAGUUUAUGUCACUUUAGUUCUUGUCUACGCUUUGGAUUGCUCAGCAGACGAUGCUAAAUUGAAAUACAAAUCCGCUGUUAAACCAGUUCGAUUGUUCACCGACGAAGAAUUAUCAAAAUACAAUGGACAUCAGGAAGGAUUGCCCAUUUACAUGGCAGUGAAAGGAGUGGUGUUUGAUGUCACAAAGGGGAAAGAGUUCUAUGGGAAAGGCGCCCCCUACAAUGCAUUGGUGGGGAAAGACAGCACAAGAGCCGUUGCCAAAAUGUCUCUGGAUCCUGAAGACCUAACGCAUGACACUACGGGGCUAACAGAGGAGCAACUUGAGUCACUUGAGAGUGUGUUCAGUGGAACGUACAAAACCAAGUACCCAAUCGUAGGAUACACAGCCAGACGCAUCCUUAACCCAGAUGGGAGUCCGAACGAGGAUUUCCAGCCGGAUGACCAGCCCCAGUUCAGCACCAGAGAUGAAUUCUGAGCACAACCUUAAAAAACAAUAACAAAACACAUUUAUUUAGAAUUUGUUUAUUCAUGGUUACAAUCAUGUUGUGUUGGGGCCCUGAUCACAUUUUUAUUUAAUUCCUAGUAUGAUCUCCCCUUCUCGUUGGAAAACAUUAAUGUCUUCAUUGUGUGCAGGCUUACUUUUUAAAAGUUUGUUACAUGUCUCUCCUGAAUGGAAGGUAUCUCUUGUCUUUAAAGUCUGAAAUGAUUUUACUUUUCAAAAAGAAAUAGUGGAUAGUCACAAUUAGCUCUUCUUUGUAUUAAGGGUGCAUCUUGUUUGAUUAAGCUAUAAAUUCACACUGUGAUUCCUUGCAUAUGUAUGUUUAUACCUAGCUAUGUGAUGUGUUGUAAAUUUCUGCCUUUAGUAGAUGUUCUUCUCCAGGGUAAUUUACAUUGUAUUUUUAUAUAUUGUCCACUUAUAAACUGGGUAUAUUAUUGAAGCAAUCCAGGUGAAGUACCUUGCUCAAGGGUACAACAGCACCCCCUCUAGGAAUCUAACUGACAUCGUUUGAGUCAAAAGCCCAAUUCCUUAACCAUUACUUCUGGAAACUAUUUGAAUUGAAGAUGAAAAAGUGGUAGGAAGAAUGGCGAGCCUCAGUGCUAAAUGUGAGCGUAACACUACUGGUAUGUCCACUUUGGCAGUUAUGCCAUUUUUUUGUAUAAAGUAAGCAUGUUCCCUUGAUCAGAUGUAUUUUAUCUUUAUCAUUCAUAUGUUGUGACUGUCAAUCUCCAUUAUGUGACACUACAUGUAUAGUAUGUAUCCAAAUAUCCAAACGCUGAAACUGUGUAGUAAAAGAAUUGCAUAAAUUUGUGGUCCUCUGAUGUGUACUUAGCUGAAAGCCAAUAAAAGUGAAGUGGCAUGUCCA